UUUGGCCUUUGACCAAUCACAGGAUAGAAACCCGUAUCUUGGGACUGGAUUGCCCAGACUUAGAGGCGCGGUUUCGUCCAGCAGGCUAGGUUGCAGCUUGUGUUGCGAAGGUAGCUCUGUGACGUCUGCGCUGCUGCAGUGAUGGGGAGAGGGGAGCGAGGCCGGUGACCGGGUUACAGCGGGGGAGGAGAGUGAUAACGUUGGACAGGCGUGUGUAUGGGUGUAGCCUGCGCCGGAAUGGCUGCGACUUUUGGGAUUGGGGGUGCAUGAUAGAGGUGACCCGACCUUCCCGUUUAAUGAAGAGAAUCAUCUCCUCCCUGUUAGUGAGCCGGGAAUCGGUCAUGUCUCCUGCCGGUAUCCGAGAGCAUUGAGCCUCUGGGUAAAUGGAAGUCUCCUCUGGGAGCCAGAUGAUAUCCAGUGACACAAGAUUUACUAAGCAGCUCCAACACCAACUGCAAUGAGUGUAGGAGGGGAGCAGCCGGAUAUCCUUAGUGUAGGAAUCCUGGUCAAAGAAAGAUGGAAAGUGCUACGCAAAAUUGGCGGUGGUGGCUUUGGAGAGAUCUACGAUGCCUUGGAUUUACUUACAAGAGAGAAUGUAGCCUUAAAAGUGGAGUCAGCCCAGCAACCAAAACAGGUUCUGAAAAUGGAGGUUGCUGUUUUGAAGAAACUUCAAGGGAAAGACCAUGUAUGUCGAUUUAUUGGAUGCGGGAGAAAUGACCGAUUUAACUAUGUAGUCAUGCAGCUGCAGGGUCGCAAUUUGGCAGACCUACGUCGCAGCCAAUCAAGAGGUACUUUCUCAAUUAGCACUAUGCUUCGCCUUGGCCGUCAGAUCUUGGAAUCCAUAGAAAGCAUCCAUUCUGUUGGCUUCUUACACCGAGAUAUAAAACCGUCCAACUUUGCAAUGGGACGUUUUCCAAGCACCUGCAGGAAGUGUUACAUGCUGGACUUUGGGCUCGCGCGACAAUUCACCAACUCCUGUGGGGAUGUCCGUCCGCCACGGGCUGUUGCUGGAUUUCGUGGGACAGUUAGAUAUGCGUCCGUAAAUGCACACCGGAACCGGGAGAUGGGUCGACAUGAUGAUCUGUGGUCUCUUUUUUAUAUGCUGGUAGAAUUUGUGGUAGGCCAGCUCCCCUGGAGGAAAAUAAAGGACAAGGAACAAGUUGGUUCAAUUAAAGAGCGGUAUGAGCAUCGCCUAAUGCUGAAACAUCUUCCCCCAGAGUUUUCAGUCUUUCUUGAACAUAUCAUUGGGUUAGACUAUCCUACCAAACCAGAUUAUCAGCUACUUAUAUCGGUUUUCGACAACAGCAUGAAGACAUUUGGGGUACUGGAAAGUGAUCCAUUUGACUGGGAAAAGAGUGGCAUGGAUGGCUCUCUGAUUACCACGACAACAUCAACUACCCCUCAGCUUCACACCCGCUUGACUCCUGCAGCCAUUGGAAUUGCAAAUGCUACCCCUAUUCCUGGAGAUUUGCUGCGUGAAAACACAGACGAGGUCUUUCCAGACGAGCAGUUUAGUGAUGGAGAAAAUGGAAUUCCAGUUAUGGUUUCCCCAGAGAAAUUACCUGGAUCUCCAAAUCAUCAGCGGCUGCAGGAAAAAGAUGUCUGGGAAGAAAUGGAUGCCAAUAGAAACAGAAUAAAAAUGGGUAUUUGCAAGGUAACUACAGAGGAAGAAAAUAGUAAUGGUGUAGGAAAUGGUCAUGCACCAAGCCUUGGAUCUCCCAUCCGUGUCCGAUCAGAGACAGCCCAAGACCGAGAUGUUCCACUUUUGCGCAAAUUGCGCACCAUUCAUAGCUUUGAGCUGGAGCGACGUAUGGCUCUCGAGUCCAAGCCAGAUGUUGACAAAUUUGUGGACAACUGUGUGGAAAAAACACAGAGAGAUGCAAACAUUGGAGGACCACUUGCUGAAGGAAGCUGUACUUCACCUCGGCAGCCUAAGAAGACAGUUGUUCCCUCAACAGCUGCCCAUGCUGAUCAUGCCUGGCAUUAUGAUGAUGAGUAUAUCCCUGAGGGCUCAAAACCAGGGUCUGCCAGUUCCCCAGAGCAUCUUGAUGGUGCAGGUAGCAAUGGCUUUAUAGCAGUUAAUCUAAGCUCCUGCCGGCAGGAGAUUGAUUCUAAAGAGUGGGUUAUAGUGGACAAAGACCGUGAUUUGAAAGAUUAUGGAACAAAUCAAGGUCAGAAGCUAACAGGCAGUCCAUCUGAAGAGGAACCUGAGGUUCUUCAGGUGCUGGAUGACUCUCCUCGAGAAUUUAAUGCCAAACUGAGCCCGUGGACAGAUAAUAAUAUCCAUAUUAAACUAGAUCCAGCUGUAGGACUUGAAGUGGUGGAUUCUACAGCACCUUUUACUGAUAAGUUGGAUCCAAUGUCGGCUGCUGCUGGACAGUUGCUUGCCGCUACUCCAACAAGUCCAAUGGAAGCUCAAGCUGAAGGUGCUCUGACUCCACGUGAUGCUUCUCACAUGCCGCUUUCUUCCAACACAAGACAUCAAAGCUCUUUCAUGCUCUUCACUAGCCCUGUAACCUCCCAGUCCUGUCGCUCAGAAUUCCAACAAAAGAAAGAGGUUGGUAUUGCCAAGAGUCAGUCAGCAGAGAGCUACUCCGAUUCCUUUCGUUCUGCUGCCCGCAGGAAGCUGCCCGACACGCCUCAUAAUGGCACCAAGUUACCCUCUGUAAUUCGAAUAACUAAAUCCCAGAUGACAAUGCCCCGACCUUCAGCAACAUCUACACAGUCUGCUUCAGAAAGCUUUCCAUAUGGCCCACAUUUGGAAAAGCGAGAUCGGGAUUCACACUUUCAAGAAAUGCUUUCUCCACAGGAAAAUGUAACAUUGUACAGAUCAUUAAAUGAUGGGGUAACCUGUGCAAACUUGGCUUUGCAUUUGGAUAAGACUAGCCAAGAGAAGACAUGUGUCAAGAAUCAAGUUAUAGGCCAAACAAACGACUUAUUGGAGAUUAAACAUUGUGUCGAGACUCCUGUGAUCUCUCCUUCAGGCCCUUUACUUAGUCACCUGAAUGACAACAAAGAACAGAGUGAUAAAGUAGCUCGCCCACAAGAUUGUGCAUCACUAGAGCAGAGCAGGCCUCUUGGGGAUGUCUGCCCAGCUACUGUAGCCACACGGACUUCAGGUUCUGUGCCAAAUGAAGCCUCACAAGUUGAUGUACAGAAGCCAGAAGCAGCUCAGACUGUUAUAAUUUCAUCUAAACAAGCUGACCAUUACAUGGAAUUGUGUAUUGUGAGUCCAAUGAAAGAGAUUCAACAAAACGGUUUUCAUAAUGUGAAAGACGUUGUUGUAACUAAUGGCUUCAUUGACCACAAAAUGAGUGGGCCCAUGUUGUUAAAUGAAGAAGGUAACGAAGACCAAAAAAGUGGGGAGCAGCUGCAUGUAAGUGACACUUCUCAGCAGUUAAAGAAAGACAAUUCUAAGUCUAGACACAGCAGAAUUCCAGUUUUAGCUCAGGAGACUGAUACAGCAUCUGAAUCAUCUUCUGUAAUCUCUGCCAAGGAGAAGCUUUUACUGAAAAAGGCACAUCAGACAGAUCUUGCAAGGCUGCUAAUGGAAAAAAGGCAGAUCAAAUCAUUUUUUGGUGACCUAUCAAGUGCCUCAGAUAAGUCUCUGGAGGAAAAAUCAUCACCACCAGCAGUACAGUUAUCAGACGACUAUUCUUAUCCUAAAGUGAUCGCAGAUUCUAAUGAAGUGAAGCUGUCUGAGGAUGGAACUAUAACAUCACAGAGCCCUCCAUCAAGGAAGAGCAAAAUUCCACGUCCAGUAUCAUGGUCAUCUAGUAAUGACCAAAUUACUAGUUCUCACACAACUCAGUUCCUUCCCAGGCCACCACCUGGAAAACCACCUACCCGCUCAGGGGUGGAAGCCAGGAUACGACGGUACAAAGUUUUGGGUAGCGGAAACUCCGACUCAGACCUGCUCUCCCGCCUUGCUCAGAUUCUUCAAAAUGGUCCCCGUUCCCAGAAAUCCCGCAGCUCUUCCCAGUGUAAGAGUCCAGGAUCACCCCACAGUCCUAAAACACCUCCAAAAAGCCCUGUUAUUCCCAGACGUAGCCCAAGCGCCUCCCCUAGGAGCUCCUCUUUGCCCAGAACCAACAGCUCUUCAUCACCAAGAGCUGGACGAACACAUCACCAUGAUCCCAGAAGUUCUUCCCCAUAUGUCGGCCGAAGCAAGUCUCCACCGAGUCUUUCUGGUUCUUCUUCUUCAAGAAGAUCCUGUCAGGACCAUUGCUGCAAUAAACAGAGUAAAAACAUUUCCAAAGGUCCAGGAAGUGGACAUCAUCCCACAAGCAGCAAAGCCAGUCGAGCAAAGUCCUCCACUCGAGAAAGCAAAGUGUCAAAUAAACUCAGCAGAUAGUAACUAGGCUUUUGCAAGCUUUUUAUUGAUCAUAUGAACUUUCCUUACCCUAUUGUAAUGCAUGUUCUCUAUGUUGAUAUUUAUUUAGAUGAAAAUAAAAUCAGUGUUGAUCUAAACGUUGUAAAGAGGAUAGGCUUGAAAUCAACUGGAAUAUUUCCUUAAGAGCAGAAUCUGGUAGGCUGUGCUUAUUUCAAAAUCAAUUUUUUUUGGCUUUGUCAGUCUUUGCCAAUAAAUAAAAGAGAGAUCACAACAUGGCUUAAAUGGUCAUGAAUUAUCUAUCUAGUCUAACUUUAUUUACUAAUGGAAGGCAGCACUGUGUGAAAUGCCUUUCUAGUUUGGCUUAGAUUGAUUAGACCCUGAAGCAGAACACAUGGUUCAUAGUGUUAUAGGAAUGUUUUGCAAGUAAUAAUGACAUUUCGAGAAAACAUGAUGUAAUCCAGAGGCUUUUUUUUUCCAUGCUUUUUUCUUUUUACAAGAAAAAGUUAUAGCACAGGCCCAAUGACGUUGCUUUUUUUAUGCAAUGGUAAAUUCAACAUGAUAUCUUACAGUUCUGCUUACAGAAUGAACAGGGGAUGUGUCUGCUAAAGUGAUGUCUAGGGGCAUGAGGUGUUUAUUCUGUAAGGAGAAUGACUUGUACCCACAGCAUGCAUACUUACACAAAAAAUAGAAUUCUUAGAAUUCUUAACUGGCUGUACUAAGCCAGAACAUUGAAAGGAAGUUUGGUUGUUUUAUCUUUCAUCGCUACAUGGUUUUCAACCUGUGCCUCUGCAGCACUGCUGAUCUUCCACUCCCAGCCUUUUCCAAAAGAGUGUUUCCAUUUGUAGUUUAGUCAAAGCAGGAGAGACUCGGGUUCAUGGUCUCUGCCAGAUAAAAUUCUGAUGCCAGUGGCUUUGUCCCCCAGCUGGUUAUGUGUAACGGCAACGUUUGUCUAUCCAGUUGUGUAAAUUCAAUCUAUCACAAAAGCCUCAAAGCAAGGUUGCAUUGCCUCAGGGAACCAGAAUGUGUAAGAGCCCUUUAGCUGUACUUCACUGGUUUGCAGAGUUCUCCUUGAGUACCUUUAGAAGCCACCUUUUUGCAUAUGGUCAAAUGUAGAGUGGUUGCCCAGAAAACCUGAGCUGGCUCGGGAGCCCUCAACAUGUAAAAUUAUGGCUUACUUUGCUUGUGAUUGCAAAGGGGUGCUUUGAAUGUAUGUUUCUAUAAUCAUUCAUUCUUAAAUGAGCCAGCAUUGCAUUGUAUAUGUGUAUUUCUAUGCAGUGACUUGCAUGCUGCUCUAACCUUGAUAGGUUAAUAUGAACAAUCAUUUGCUCUGUGCACUGCAGAAUCCAUUGUGGCUUAUCCCUACGAAAAUCAGCAAGCAUUAAACAUACAAGGGAAACCAUUUUGUUCUUCGCUUUUACCUGUGUCUAUAACUCUGCUUAGUCGGACACAUCUAACCUCUGCUGUGCUGGAGGAACAUCGCAAUUGUCUUUAGCACUGUAGGCUAUUUCCAUAUAUGUAACCUCAACAUUGUGUGGGAUUUUAUACUUAUCCACUCCCCAACAAGCUGCAGUCUUAUCUCUCGUGCUGUUUCUUCUUUGUAUUAUAUUGUACAGUAGUUUGUUCCCAUAACUGCAUGUCCUAAUGGUAAAUUAUAUCAUAUAUAAAUAUUUAUAAAUAUAUAUAUAUAUAUAUAAAAUAUAUACAUAUUAAAACGCAUACUCAUUCUGGAUUUGUAGACUGCUAAAAUAAUGUUUUGUUUUUUUUAAUGUUAAUUUGUGUGCCUACAAUGGGUUUGGCCUUGUGUCUCCAUUCUUGUGGAACAAUCUAUAGUCGGCAUGGCAAGUUUGCUAUAAUGAACUGCCCUUAAAAUGAAUUCAGUGACUGCAUUGUACAUGUGAGGCAAGCAUUUGUCUAGACUGUUUUUGUUAAUAUGUUAAUAUUGUUUUUAUUUUUCUAUUUUUUAUUUUUAUUUAAUUGUAACUGUUAUUUAAGUGUAUUUCUUAAAAACAUGUCAAUGUGUUCUUUAAAAGGGAAAAACAGCUUUUAUAUUUAUGUUUUGUUGCAGAGCCCUUCCUGCUAUUGCAGUGAGAGGCAAUAAACAUCCCCUCUAAACAUACAUCACAAAGUCAGCUGUGGGUAUGGACUGGGGGGAAUAUCAUCUUAACAUUGAUGCUUGCGGCUUUGAAACCCAGUUUAAUAAUGUAAUCUAAAUUGUGAAACUAUAUUAAAAAUAUAAAAACUU